ACUAUGUACUCGGGGGAGUGAAAAAAAAAAAUCAUUCGCAACCAAAGAUUCGUUUUUGUUUGCCGUGCGCCACCACACCUCUUGGUUCUUCAUUCGUUACCGCCCAACUCCGGUGGUAGAUCCUUCAGUAUAUUCCAGGAUUUAAGCUCCGAUUACACACACCACACGCGCACACACACACACGCGCGCGCGAAGGAAAGAUGGUGAGUAAAACUGAGGAAGAACAAGUGAAUAGAUUGGAGAAUCAAGUGGACAACGGCGGAGGCGGCGCGUGGGAGUACCUCUGUCUAGUCAGAAAACUCAAGCUACGCCGCUCCGAUAAGGUCCUCAAGUACGGAUUCUCAAUUCUCAACGACUCCAAAAAGCGAUCUGCUCUUGGCCCCGAAGAAUGGACUUUAUACGAGCAAGUAGCUAUUGCUGCUAUGGACUGCCAGCGUCUUGAUUUGGCUAAGGAAUAUAUCAAGAACCUGCAAAAAAAAUUUCCAGGGAGUAAAAGAGUUGGUGAGUUUAACUAAACAGAUAAUAUAUGUAUUAAUCCAUUUAUUCUGUGUACCUAAAUUAUUUUUACCAUUUCUUCCUUUCUAAUUUAUUUCCAUGGUCAAAUUAUAUAUGUAACUAGGCCGUCUUUGUAAUAUUUCUAAUUAGAAGAGUGAAAUACAAGUUUAUAGGCUUUUGGACAUAGCCAAAUGGCUGUCCCACGUAAAUAUUUCCGUUUAAUCUCUCUUA